AUGACGAACUACGUCGAAGCGUUUUAUAAGCUUUCGCAGGAGCAGAACUGGGGCAAGGAUCGUUUCAAGGCUGAAAGAUGGAAGUUCCAGGGGGCCUACCGUCAAGAUUUCGGUAAGUUAUUCGGCACAGACCCCAACUGUCUGGAAUCGUGGCAGGAGCUCUGUCGCGCCAUCGGUAUCGACGAACAAGAAAUACCGGACGAUCUAUUAUCUUGCCAAGAACUCAUUCACAGUACGCACGUUAACAUCCAGGACCUCGUCGAUUACAAGCUAGUGGGGACGCCGGUCCAGCAAUUUCCCACUGUCAGCGAUCUUUCCAAGUAUUGCUACCGCCAUCAUAGGUUCUUUCCUUUGGACGUCGCAUUGAGGGACACUUUAUUGCAGCAUCUCCUCCGCAAGGUGAGGUAG